UGCAAGUGUCUGUUGAAAAAUGGCGGAAAGUUAAUUACUGCGAACGAUCAAGCGUACGCUUGUCAUACAAUUUUAAUGAAAAUGGUUACACAUUCGCCAUAUAAACUUGAUUUAGAUCCACAGAAGCGAAAUGUCUUUGUUACACAACUGCACGAACGUGAUGAUGAAGAAGAUGUCACCGUCUUCCCUGUCGUCAAAGAAUCUGGAGACAAACUCAUUGAGUCUGGCCUCAAUACACUCCAGAAGACACUGCUACUCAAAAAAGAGGUUGAAAUAGAGAAAGUAAAUACUCAGUUGGAAGCCAAACGCUAUGAAUUCAAACAGCGGAUGGAAUUGUGCACCCAAAGGCAGGUGGAGCUACAGAAGAAACAACAAGAGAUGAAAGACAGGGUGACAAAAUUUGAAAAAUUCAUCCAAGAAAAUGAGGCGAAGAGAAGACGAGCAAUACAAAAAUAUCAACAGGAAGUGAGAUUAAAAGAACAAAAGUCUAUUGAGUUUUCAUCUUUAUCAGACCAGUUACAGCAUUUCAAAAAUAGGCAUGCAUUACUAUCAGCCAAACUAAAGGCUUACACUAUAUAUGAGGAAUAUCUGAGAAAUGUUAUUGAGGCCAUACCUGAAGAUUACCUGCCAGCAACAGAAGACAAAGUCAAAGGAUUAAUGAUGAGGCAUAGAACUUUAAGUGAAUCUAACAAAGGGCUGGUUGAUAAUCUAGAGGCCAUGACAGAUGAGCUGGAAGAGUGUAAAAAGGAGUUUGAGAUACUGAAACAAGAGCACCAGAAGAGCCGGCUGUUCAACACCUCCAUGCUGUCCCAGCUACUGGAGAAACAGGAGGAGAUACAGGACAGCAACGAGCAGAACGAGCAGACAUUUCUAAUGACAAGCGGGGAGAUGAGGUCAAAGAGAACAGAGAUUGGCAUAAUAUUUAUGGCCAUAGACAACAUAUACGAGAAAUGUAAAAAACCAACAGAUCCACCCCUGGGGAAAGAGGACUGGGACCUAAAGUUAAACAAAAUCAGGGACCAUUUGAGAGAGAGGGAAGGUGUUGCGCAAGUUGUUUUAAGUGCCACGAGUUCAGUCUCAGGGAGUGGAUCAGCUGACCAUAGCAGGACAAGAGCCAAGUCAAACAUCAGAUUCUAAGUACCAGUUCAAUUACGUUCAUUUAUGUAAAUUAUUUCUCUUUGUUAUGAAUUCCAGUACCCAGACGUGUAUUGGUUUCGUUAGUUCAUGCCAAAUUUUUUUUAUUGUGAUGGUCAUUGCUGAGAUCAACAUUUUAAAAAAUUGCAGCAGGUUUAAGCUGAAAUGUAUUUAUGAUAACAAUCUUGUUUAAGAUAUUUAUGCCAAAAAAUAUUUGUAUUUACUAAUUAAAACCAAAGUAGAAUUGGAAAUGUCUCUGCUUUUAAAAAUAUUUUAAUAGCUUUAGAGGUUAAAGGCCUCAUUGUUCAUUAGCUGUCUCGUAUUUAUGUAAAUAAAAUGUUAAUUUCAACAUUAAACAGAUGAACAUUAUUUGCCCUAAUCGCCUUUCAGGUGUGUUAGGGCAUUAAAUGUUUUCACAUUAUUUCUACUUGGUAUUUUUAAAUUUAAAAAGUAGAUUCAUGUUUACUGUUACAACUAUGGAUCUUUUGGUCCCACUUAACUUUCUUGUGCCUGAAAUUAUUCCCCUUUAAAUACACCUUUUUUAAUAUGCACUAUGUGAACAAUAAAUUAUCAACUUACACACAAAGUAUUGUAAAGCUAACGAGCCUGUUCAAGCAGGUUUGUGAUUAAAGCAUUAAACAAUUUAUUUUUAAAAAAUGGCGCUGAUUAACAAACUCAUAUAUUAUUGUAGUUUAAUAUUAUUGUAAUAAUUUUGCAUUUAAAAUGCAGAUAGAAGUUCUUGUAUAAAAUAUUUUGUUGUACGUGUUGUUUAAAAUUGUAAAUGUAGAUUGGGGUAAAAAUGAAUGAAACAAAUCUGUAGAUAGGAUGUAUGCUGUGAGUUAAUGAGACUUUGCUUCAACAACUAAAUCCAUUUUAAAUGUUACAUUCUGCUUCAAAUAAGAUAACACUUGUAGUUUUUUUUUCCAUCUGAAACUUAUUUUAUGGGUUUCUUUAGCUCAUUAUCUUCAUCAUCUAUACUAAGAUGCCAAGUUUCUUUAUUUUUGAGCCUGUUAUGUUCUGUUAUUUCCAUGCCUUCAUGUAUCAUAAGCAACAAAAAAUUUGUACUUUUUUUAAGCCUCAUUUUAUCACGAUUAUUUCACAUUAGUUAAAGUCAUCUUUUCAUGAUGUGAAUAAACUUUAAACAAAAAUUAUAUUCUUUUCAACGUCAGAAAGAAAGCAGAAAUAAGUUUUCUGAUUUGUUUGUGAUUUAGGCUUUUGUGACAUUAUUUAUCAGAUGUGAACUAUACAUUUAGAGUUCUCACUCCAAACAUCCAAAAGUGGCUUAGACAAUGGUGAAAUUAUUGUGACAAAUUUUAUUUUACACAAAUACAGAAAUUGUUUUAGUACAUAGUUUUUGAAUUGUUGGAUGCUCCCUGUUAUAUUGUGAUACCUUGACUUUACCCGCUUGAAUAAAUUAUCUCUGUACAACC